AAGACAUUGGGAGGGACCGGCGAUAAGGUUCAUUAAGAUCUGGAUCCAAAACAGAAAAACACAGAACAUUCUGCAACGCCUACCAUUACAAAACUUUAAUGGUAGGCAUUGCACCAGAGACUGCUCUGAGCUGCGUAGAGUUUGACAAGCUGCGGACACAGGGAGUACAACCUUUUCCACUCUGGAAGGAUAACUUGGAAACACACUGCAGUGCCAGGGAUAUCAGCCAGUCACACAGCUGUAGUUUCAGAGCCAUCAAGGAUGUCCUUCGGCCUGGUCGUUCCCAUCAUCCUGCUGGCUCUGACCUGGUCGGAGUCGGUGAGGGGACAGAGUUCUCCCCAGGAAUCCUUCAUGGUCCAGUACUUUGAGAGGAGGAUGACACACUUGGAGGAACGUCUGAAUCAAUGUGAGGCGAACGCAGCAUCCAUGACCCAGAGGUUCUACGACCUCACCUCAGAAUUCAGGGGUCAACUUUCCGCUCUCACUGCUGUGAAGUCAGAGGUGCGGACCCAGUUGGAGAGCAUGUCAUCGCGGGUGGACCGUGUGGAAGGGGAGCUGGAGUACCUGGAGAACAAGAUCCCCGCUCCGCAGAACAUCGAGAUAGAGGAGGCCCUGCUCGAGCAGCAGGUGAUGGACGCAGAGCUGCAGCAGCUCAAGAAGAAGGCCAAACUCAAACUGAACAAUGAUUGCAACACUGCCUUGAGUGCAGUCAAGUCCCUGAAGAUUGUGAAGAAGGUGGGAGACACCCAUGGAUCCUGGUUCAAGGACCCUACCCCAGGUUCCUCCAAGGUGUACUUCCUCAGCGGUCUGAGAAACGACACCGUCCUGGAGUACGCGUCGGUGAAGAGCUUCACCGAGGGCAGCACCAGCCCUAAGGUGGUGAAGCUGCCCUCCCAUUGGCAGGGGACCGGUCAUGUGGUAUACAAAGGAUUCCUCUACUACCACAAGGCAGACACCCCAAAUCAGAUAGUGAAGGUGCGCUUGCCCAAUGGCACGCAUGCAGACACUAUGCUGCUACCAGGGGCCGGCCGUCUACCGGCCUACAGUCUGAACCCCAACACCUACCUGGACAUGGCCGUGGAUGCUGGCCUCUGGAUCAUCCACGCAGACCCAGAGUACGCUGGGAACCUGGUCAUUACUAAGCUGGACCCAGACAGCCUGGCGCUGGAGCACACCUGGGACACGUUGUGCCGGAGCCGGGGGGCUGAGGGGGCCUUCCUGAUCUGCGGGACCCUCUAUGUGGUGUACAACACGCGGUAUGGCGGGCGCUCCAGCGUCCAGUGCCUGUACGACAUCCACGACACCAUCCACAGUGAGGAGAGUCCUGUGCUGUUCUUCCCCAAGCGCUACACCAGCCACACCAGUCUCUACUACCACCCUCAAGAUAAGCAGCUGUAUGCCUGGGAUGACGGCUACCAGACCAUAUACAAGGUCGAAACACAGAGGAAGGAGGACCAAGUCUCGUUUGGCACCGAAUAAUCUCCGAUAUGUGUGCUACACAUGACCAUUCUGUGUAUUACUACUUCUAACAUUGAUUAAGAACAACAUGUUAUUGCACUCGGAGAAAUUCAAGAAUUGCCUUGAACUAUGUCUAUGUAGAAGACACCAAUAAGCGUACUUAUUCUCCACUCUGCUGGCAUAUUUUGUUACCUACACCUCAAUAAAGUUCUUUGUCGCUU